GACUGGAGAAUCUUCAGUAAGACAUUUCUACCAGAGUGCUGUGGACAAGGCUUUGAAGAGUCCAAAUGGACAUCUGGACUUGUUUCUUCGCUUCCUCCUUGGUCUUUCACUGCAGACCAAUCAGGAUCUCCUACAAGGCCUGCUCACACAAAAAGGAAUCAGCUCACAGAUAAAUCAGGAAACAGUCAAGUAUGUUAAAGAAAGGAUGAAUGACACUCUCUCUCCAGAGAAAAGCAUCAAUCUGCUCCACUGUUUGAAUGAAUUGAAUGAUGACUCUAUAGUAAAGGAGGUCCAGCAUCACCUGAGUUUAGGACAUCUGUCCAAAGUUAAUCUCUCUCCUGCUCAGUGGUCAGCUCUGGUCUUCAUCUUACUGUCAUCAGAAGCAGAUCUAGAUGAAUUUGAUUUGAGGAAAUAUUCAGCUUCAGAAGAGGCUCUUUUGCAGCUGCUGCCAGUGGUCAAAGCCUGUAAGAAAGCCCAGUUGGGUGGCUGUAACCUCACAGAGAGAAGCUCUGAGGCUCUUUCCUCAAUUCUAAGUUCUCAGUCCUCCAGACUGAGAGAGCUGGACAUGAGUGACAACAACCUCCAGGACUCAGGAGUGAAGCUGCUUUGUGUUGGACUUGGGAGUCCACACUGUAUGCUGGAAACUCUCAGGUUGUCAGGCUGUCAGAUCACAGGAACAGGCUUCACCUCUCUGGACACAGCUGUGCGCUCCAAUCCCUCCUAUUUGAAAGAGCUGGACUUGAGCUAUAAUCAUCCAGGAGACUCAGGAAUGAAGCUUUUGUCUGAUCAAAAGAAGGAUCCACAUGUGAAACUGGACAUACUCUGUGUGGAGCCUCAAGGAGUCCAGUGGAUGAGACCAGGUCUAAGGAAAUGUAAGUGUGUUUUUGAUUUACUAGCUGUAUUUACAUCAUUUUUUCACACUUUAUAU